CUACUUUGUUCUUUAUCAAUCCAGGUUAUUGCCAUCAAGGAUAUCAUACGACCUCCACGGAAAGAGAACUUCAAUGAUGUAUUCAUUGUUUAUGAAUUAAUGGACACUGAUCUUCAUAAGAUAAUACGCUCCAACCAACCGUUGACGGAUGACCAUUGUCAGUACUUCUUAUAUCAGUUGUUGCGAGGAUUAAAGUAUGUACACUCAGCGAACGUCCUCCACCGUGAUCUCAAGCCAAGCAAUUUGUUUCUAAAUGCUAACUGUGAUCUUAAGAUUGGUGACUUUGGAUUGGCAAGGGCAACAUCUGAAACAGAUUUCAUGACUGAGUAUGUCGUCACUCGGUGGUAUCGAGCACCAGAGUUGCUACUAAAUUGUUCAGAAUAUACUUCUGCAAUUGAUAUUUGGUCAGUGGGUUGCAUACUUGGUGAAAUCAUGACACGGGAACCCCUGUUUCCAGGCAAAGAUUAUGUUCAUCAAUUGAGGCUUAUCACAGAGUUGAUAGGUUCACCUGAUGAUGCCAGUCUUGGGUUUCUUCGAAGCGAUAAUGCCCGGAGAUAUGUUCGGCAGCUUCCACAAUACCCCAGACAGCAAUUUUCUGCUAGAUUCCCCAAUAUGUCUCCCAGUGCUCUUGAUUUUCUGGAGAAAAUGCUUGUGUUUGAUCCAAACAAGCGUAUCACAGUCGAUGAGGCACUGUGUCACCCAUAUCUUUCAUCUCUACAUGAUAUCAUCGAUGAGCCUGUUUGCUCAAGGCCUUUUGUUUUUGAUUUUGAGCAACCAUCAUUCACUGAAGAGAACAUCAAGGAACUCGUAUGGAGGGAAUCUGUGAAGUUCAACCCUGGCCCAAUUCAUUAGGAUGUGUGAGAUGGUAAAUUGGUAAUUGCUGCAAAUACUGUAGAUUGGUUUCUCAAGGUUCAAUUCAUUCCUAUCACAAUCCUUACAAAUAAGAGAUGAGGACCGUAACUGAGAUGUCCCGUGGUUAAGUUAUGAUAUUCCGUAAACUUGAAACAAAUUAUGCUGUGUGAUCAGAGACCAAAAUUUUAUCAAACCCCAAAUCUGUAUUUGUGCAGGUCCUUGUAGACCAUGUUGGUGCUGUUAUACUUACCACCAGUAUCAAGGGCAUAUUAUUGGUUUAGAGCAUUGGACAAGAAGAUUGUAUAAAGUUGUACGGCUCAUCAACUCUUUCUCAGCUUUUAGAUAAGGUGUGUCAAGGGGAAGAGUUGUACUGUAUGGAUCCUUAAAUAAUUUCUUGCCAUUCUCUUAGAACCUAGAGGUUGCAGUUAA